UUAUAUGUUUUUUCUUAUCUUUCUCUUUUUUUCAGAUAAAAUAUGGAUUUUCCUAUUGUUGGAGUAAGUAGAGUUGAUGCCAGCUCUAACGUAUUUGAUGGCAUUAUAUUAGUUACGGAUAAAAUAGAAAGCAUUGGCUCUGAGUUUAACUUCAUUAAAGAUGCUCUCCUGAAGUUGAAAAGCAUUGAUGAUUCUGUUGGAAAGGAUGUGGCAAUAGGUACAAUUGAUGGGCCCAUGAAACGAGUUAUAUUUUCUCCUACUGGCCCCCUCGAUCGUGAUUAUGAUGACGUGAGAAGAUUUGGUGAUGCAGCAGGAAAGGGAGUGGAAAGGGCUUUGAGCGCUGGGUGCAAAAAACCUUUACUGGUUACCAUAAAGGAUAAAAGGUACAAGCAAUGUAGUUUUGCCUCAGCAAUGGGCGCGUUGCAGAAGCUUUAUGUACCUUUAGAAAUUCGAGAAGCCUUGCCAGAAAAAAAGCAAAAAGUAGAAAAGUUUGGUCUUUGGAGCAAAGAAAAUGUGGAAUAUCUUGUUCAAAUGACCAGUGCGUUUGAAAAAGGAAAAAUAGUUUCACGGGAUAUUGGAGCAUCAGAUCCGGAAAGAAUGGCACCACCUAAAGUGGCUGAAUAUGUGUUGGAAGCAUUUAGAGAUACAUGUGUUAAAGUUACUGUUGAAUCUGAUUUAAAAGUAAUUGAGAAGAAUUAUCCAUGUUUGGCUGCUGUGAAUAGAUGUGCAAGUGUGAUUGACAGACAUGGGGCAAGAGUUGUGCGGUUGUUUUAUGAGGGGGAGGGUCCAAUUACCAACACUGUGUUUCUGGUUGGAAAGGGUGUUACAUAUGACACAGGUGGAGCAGAUGUGAAGGCUGGUGGUAACAUGGCGGGCAUGCACAGAGACAAAUGUGGAGCUGCAACUGUGGCAGGGAUUCUUAAGAUAUUUGCAGAGUUGAAACCAAAGCAUUUGAAAGUGUGUGGUACCAUGUCUAUGGUAAGAAAUAGUAUUGGGGCAAAUUGUUACGUUGCAGACGAGAUCAUUACGUCCCGUGCUGGAGUCAGACUGCGGAUAGGAAACACUGAUGCUGAAGGAAGAAUGGCAAUGGCUGAUUGCUUGUGUGAAGCUAAAGAGGAAGCAUUGGCAGCGAUAAAUCCACAGUUAUACACUCUUGCUACUCUCACUGGUCAUGCAAUCUUGGCUGUUGGGCCAAACUACACUCUAGUCAUGGACAAUGGUCCAGCAAAAGAAGCAAACAACAGCAUUAUGAUUCAAAUCAAAGGUCAUGUGCUGGGUGAUCCAUGCGAAAUGUCAACUAUAAGAAGAGAAGAUUAUGAGUUCCAUACUGGAAAGUCAGAGUAUGAGGAUGUGUUGCAAGCUGGUAACAAACCUUCAACACAAACUCCAAGAGGUCAUCAAGGUCCGGCAGCGUUCCUUAUCAUGGCAUCUGGGCUUGACAAACAUGGGUUGGAUUCCAACAAGCAGCUCAAGUACACACACGUUGACAAUGCAGCAGCUGUAUUUCCUUUCCCAGGUAUACCCGAAGCCAAGGCAACAACAAUGUUGGCUGCAAGGUACAUCAUGGAAAAUCCGCACCAUAAUUCCUAAUUCAGUCAAAUUAUAUAACAUAUCAAACUUUAUUAUCAUGCCAUUUGCCAAUCAGAUUAGCCAAGAAUAGGUUUAAAGUUGAAACAUCACAUAGGGUAUAGGCCUAUACUGUUUUAUGUAAUUUAAAUUGUUAACUGAUGUUACUGUUUGUCCUGAUUGAAAUUUUGUGUACUUUGAUAAUUGAGUCACAUAAAUGUAGUCUAUAUUUAUAAUAUGUUAUAUAAUUUUGUUUCACUUGUGAUGUGUUUUUAACUUUCAAUUUAAUUUCAUAUUUAUAAUAUUCGUGCCACUAUCAUUCCAUUAAGUUCAUUUAUUUAAUUUGUUUUGGAAAGCCCCUGUAACAUGUUGCAAGCUUCCAGGCUUUGUGUAUGAAAAUAACUUCAUAAUAAGAUUAAUUGCACUGGAAUCUAUGGAUGCCAUUUAUGUUACAUGCAAAGAUAUAUAUGGACCAUAUGGUGAUUUAGUGAUAUAAAUGUAACAUACUAUUAAUAUAAAG